UCUCUAUCAUCACUGCUGCCAGUGAAACUCCAGAGCCCAUGGCACCCUUAGUCCUUACUCUACUUCUCCAUUUCUCAAUAGCUCUAUCCAGUGCUUCGCCGGACCAUGAAUCAUCCGGCGCCACCACCAUCAUCUUCGCCACGCUCGGCAGCAGAUCAACCUACGCUUUCGACAUCUUUACUCUCCCCACUCGUGCCUCACCUUCCUCUGCCGACGAGAUCCAGCUCACCGACGGCAAAUCGCUUAAUUUCAACGGUUUCUUUCCUUCUCUGUCUUCUUCUCUCCUCUCUCUCUUACCUAAUCAAACCCUGAUACAGACCUUGGGCCCGCAAAACUCUGCACCAUUGAGCGUUGUCUAUGUCACGGAGCGCGGUGGAUCGUCCAAUAUCUUCUACGAUUUAGUUUAUUUGAAUAGCCUGCAAAUCAGUAGAUCGAGGUCCGCCCUUGAAAUCCCCAAACGCGUUCAAGUGCCGCUGCUGAAGGGCAAAAAUGGAAUUGCAAUGAAGGAUAAGCCUACUGUGACCGGAGAUUAUCUGAUAUAUGUGUCCACGCAUGAGGAUCCUGGGAAGCCUAGGGCGAGUUGGGCUGCUGUGUACUCGACGGAGUUGAAAACCGGGUUGACUCGGAGACUCACCCCUUAUGGGAUCGCCGAUUUUAGCCCUGCGGUUUCUCCUUCUGGGGUUUAUACAGCUGUGGCGUCUUAUGGGGAGAGUGGGUGGAAUGGUGACGUAGAGGAAUUGAGUACUGAUAUCUACGUGUUCUUGACUCGUGAUGGGACUCAACGGGUUAAGGUUGUUGAACACGGCGGGUGGCCCAGUUGGGUAGACGAUACAACACUUUACUUUCACAGAAGAAGCGAAGAAGAUGAAUGGAUAAGCGUUUACAGAGCCAUUUUACCCAGUGGAGCACCGAUUUCGACUGAUUCAGUGAUUGUUGAGCGGGUCACUCCACCAGGUCUUCACGCCUUCACUCCAGCUACUUCUGCAGAUAACAACAAAUUCAUAGCAGUAGCUACGAGAAGACCCGAUUCGGAUUAUCGCCAUAUAGAGCUAUAUGACCUUGUUAAGAACGAGUUUAUCGAGUUAACUCGAUUAUUAUCACCCCAAACUCAUCACUUGAAUCCGUUUAUCUCACCUGACUCAACCCGAGUUGGGUACCACAGGUGUAGAGGAGCCUCUAACGAUAAAAAGAGCGCCCACUUUCUGUUAGAAAAUCUCAAUAGCCCAGUAUCAGAGAUUUCACUCUUUAGAGUCGACGGGUCAUUCCCUUCUUGGUCACCUGGGGGUGACCGUAUCGCUUACGUUGAAUUUCCGGGCAUCUACGUCGUGAACCCGGACGGCUCGAACCGGCGUCAGGUUUAUCCUAAAAUGGCGUUCUCGACCGUUUGGGACCCCGUUCGUCCAGGGGUUGUAUACUCUAGUACUGGUCCCACUUUUGCCAGUGAGAGUACAGAGGUUGAUAUAAUCUCCAUUAACGUUGAUGGUGAAGCUGAUGAAGCUUAUAAUUUCAAGAAGCUGACCACUAACGGUGAGAACAAUGCAUUUCCUGCUGUGUCGCCGGAUGGGAAAUGGGUAGUGUUCCGGUCGGGUCGAUCGGGUCACAAAAACUUGUAUGUAAUGGAUGCGGUGGAAGGUGAGAAAGCCGGACUCCGAAGGUUAACGGAGGGUCCAUGGGGCGACACUAUGUGUAGUUGGUCACCGGAUGGUGAAUGGAUUGCGUUUGCAUCGGAUCGGGAGAACCCGGGUUCUGGUAGCUUCGAAUUGUUUCUGAUCCACCCGAAUGGAACGGGGUUGAGAAAGUUGGUUCAAAGCGGGUUGGGUGGCAGAACUAACCAUCCAUAUUUUAGCCCAGAUGGGAAGAGUAUAGCGUUUACUACAGAUUACGCUGGAAUAUCAGCUGAGCCAAUUUCGAACCCACAUCAUUAUCAGCCUUAUGGAGAGAUCUAUACGGUGAAAUUGGACGGCUCUGAUUUGAAGAGGUUGACACAUAAUUCUUUCGAGGAUGGGACCCCAGCAUGGGGCCCCACAUAUAUUAAGCCAGAAGAUGUGGAGUGGCCAAUUUAUAGACCAAAGUGCUCGUUUGAGGAGUGUCACUGGCUCAAUGAAAUGCCGAGCCACAGUGGUGGGGUUGAAACUUUGGAGCCAAGCAAGCCUCAAUGUAGUGGUGCAUAGCAUCGGUUUAUGUCGUAAAGAUUGUAAUUAAAAAAUAAUGUAAUAUGACGCGUAGAUUGUAAAUAUAUGUAUAUAGAAUGAUUUUAUA